UCCACGGAGGAAUUCUACCCCUGAUUUGACUGUCAGGCAGUUCUUAGGGUCUUUUCAUGGAUCAAUUGAAGAAGGACUGUUGAGUUGUGUUGUUGGGACUCCCAGGGCUCUUUGUAAACACAGGCUUGGUACCGGAAGGUUCACGGAUGGUUUUGUGUUUGAAUGAACUGCUGUUAAGUGUAAACAAUCUCUUUUGUGUGGUUCAGAUUCAAAAGAUGAAAUCUAUUUCUAUGGAAGUGAGUUCUAACACUCGCAGCUUUUGGAAUCGAGAAGGAAGGCUGUCCAUGCCAGAUGUACGUGUUUAUAGGGACAAAAUCUAAUCACACAGCUGAGUGGAUCAGCCACAUACCAGCAGACUGGCAUGUUCCUCCCCUGACACUGAAUCAGGGAACACAACCCAAACAGGCUUAAGACUGUGGAAUGCAUCGCCCCAUUCAAGCCAUUUCCUGAAUUUGAGUUUGAGAGAUCACCUGUCGAGGCUUAAGGCCCAGGGCCGCGGGGGCCCUGCCCGGGGGUCGGAAGGCCCCGGGGAGGCUAGUUUGAAGCAGGCUUGAAGAGAGAUAUCCUUUACAGCAAUAAUCUAGGUGCCAGGAGGAAGCUGUUGGUGUAAGGAAUCAGAAACGAUUGUUUCCUUACACACUGUUAUGAAGGGUACUACUGCCAUCCAGUGGAUGGAAGUGUUCCACUUGUGAUAUCAACUAUCUUACUGUGGUCAGGAAAACCCCCAAAGUUCCUUUUGACUGUGUGCAGAGCUUAUUUACUGACCCAGUGUUUUAAGGCCUAUCUUAUCUGCCUUACUCAUAUCUAGCUGACGAAUAGGCUAGGCUGAACAAGAGAAGGUUUCACAUUCACACCAGUUAUAUUUGCCUCGUGCCAACAGCUGUGUUUACUAUUCAAACCAUGCCAGGCGACAUGAGGCCAGUAUUUACAUGCUGGUAACUGGCGAAGGAGCAGGUUUCACUCCAGGCUGUCCCUGACUUCAGACAGAGCUGCACCACUUCCAUUUUCUUCCAAUCAGGACGUCCGGAUCGCUGUCUGCUAUGUCAGGCUCCACCCACACCCAGACAAGCAGCGUGGGGGGUCAGGGGAUUGGUCCAUCCCCUGUCUGGCCCAUCCUCCCCUCUGCUGCUCCCCCCCCCCAGUGACGAGGGUAGGUGGAGUUGUCCAACCCCCCCUCCCCCUUCUGACGGACAUAGAGUAGCAGUCAUGGACACGAUGCUGGAUGUGUGUGUUUGUGCGUGUGAUUGCAUGAGAGCGAGAGUGAAGGCGAUGGAGGACAGAUAGAGAUGUUUGUGUGUGUGUGUGUGUGUGGUUUGUAACUUGCUGAGCGUGCAGCCAAGAAGGAGCCUGGACACGUGCGCCGUCCUGACAAUAAGGAGCGAGGUGUGUGUGUGUGUGUGUGGCUGUGCGGAGGGACUUGUGGAGAGGAUGUGGAGACGGAUGCCUCUGGAGGACUGAGUGUGUCGGCAUGCUGAGGAAACUCGUCUGCAGGAGGAUCUGUGCCUAUAAGAAUUUUGAGGAUGAUGACUCGGUGGACGGUGGGCGGUCCUCUUCUUCUAAGGGCGCCUCCUCGGGAAAGAAGACCGUGACCAUGGGCUCCUUCAAACGCCCAAGCUCCGCCUCCAGCACCAAGUCCACAGGGAGGGAUGGGACUGGGGCCGUGGCCGGGGCUGUGGAUGAGGAGGACUUUGUCCGUGCCUUUGAAGAUGUGCCCACCAUGCAGCUCUACUCCAACAGGGAGAUGGAGGAUGCCAUGGCCAAGGUCCGUGAGGUGCUGUCCGACGACAAGCGAGACUGGGAGCACCGCGUCGUGGCGCUUAAGAAGGUCCGCUCGCUCGUCCUGGCCGGCGCGGCCGACUUUGACGGCUUCCCCCAGCAGCUGCGGCUCUCCGAGGCGGCGUUCAAGCUGUCGGCCAAAGACCUGCGCUCCCAGGUGGUGAGGGAGGCCUGCAUCACCAUCGGACACCUGUCCACCGUCCUGGGGAACCGCUUCGACCACGGGGCCGAGUCCAUCAUGCCCGCCCUCCUCAACCUGGUGCCCAACAGUGCCAAAGUCAUGGCCACCUCCGGCAUGGCCGUCAUCCGCAUCAUCAUCAGGCACACACACUACCCCCGCCUCAUCCCCAUCAUGACCAGCAACUGCACGUCUAAGUCUGUGCCUGUGAGAAGGCGCUGCUAUGAGUUUCUGGACCUCCUGCUGCAAGAGUGGCCCAUGAACUCUUUGGAGAGGCAUGUGGCCGUGCUCAUGGAGACCUUGAAGAAGGGGAUCCACGAUGCAGACUCUGAGGCCAGAUCAGUCGCCAGGAAGUGCUACUGGGGCUUCCAUGGCCACUUCCACAAGGAGGCGGAGCAGCUGUUCCAGGCCCUGGAGUCGUCCUAUCAGAAAGCUCUGCAGUCCCACCUGAAGUGUGCCGACAGCAUCAUGUCCCUCCCCGCCUCCGACCGCUCCUCCUCCAGCUCCCAGGAGAGCCUCAACCGGCCCCAGUCGACCAAGGGCACCGUGGGGAACAGCAUGAGCAGGCCUAAAGCGGCCCCUGGCAGAGUGCCUGCCUCCACGCCCGGCUCUCUGCAGCGUUCCCGUAGCGACGUGGACGUCAACGCCGCCGCCAGCGCCAACGCCAAGACCAGGAUGUCGGCCGUGCCCCCGGCCGGGCCCUUCAGCUCGGCCUCCGCUCUGCCCCCCGGCUCGUACGCCUCUCUAGGUCGGGUGCGGACCAGGAGACAGAGCUCUGGGACCAGUCCCUCGGUAACAGACAGCAGGGGGCGGAGCCGUGGCAAAGUGGUGUCCCAGUCUCAACCGGGCAGUCGCUCCGGCUCCCCUGGCAGACUGCUAAGCCACACGUACGGCCGGAUCCCUCGCCCCACCGCCCCCGCCACGGCCCCGCCACCGGACAGGCGGCCCAAGGUGCCCCGCAGCCAGGGCUGCAGCCGGGAGACCAGCCCCAGCAGAUCAGGCCCAGACCGCCUGUCCCACCAGGCCCGCAUCUCGGCCUCCGUCAACGCCAUGAGGAUCCUCAACACGGGGACAGAGGUGGAGGCAGCGGUAGCUGACGCCCUGCUGUUGGGAGACUCCAGGAACAAGCGCCGUCCCGUCCGCCGGCGCUUCGAGUCCCCGGGCAUCUACUCGGACGACGACGCCAACAGCGACGCCAGCAGCGCCUGCUCCGAGCGUUCCUACAGCUCGCGCAACGGCGGCCUGCCCCACUACAUGCGUCAGACGGAGGACGUGGCCGAGGUGCUCAACCACUGCGCCAGCUCCAACUGGUCUGAGAGGAAGGAGGGUCUGCUGGGCCUGCAGAACCUGCUGAAGAGCCAGAGGAUCCUCAGCCGCGUGGAGCUGAAGAGGUUGUGUGAGAUCUUCACCAGGAUGUUCGCAGACCCACACAGCAAGAGAGUGUUCAGCAUGUUCCUGGAGACCCUGGUGGACUUCAUCACCUUACACAGAGACGACCUCCAGGACUGGCUGUUCGUCCUGCUCACCCAGCUGCUGAAGAAGAUGGGGGCCGACCUGCUGGGCUCUGUCCAGGCCAAGGUCCAGAAAGCACUGGAUGUCACCAGGGACUCGUUCCCCUUCGACCAGCAGUUCAACAUCCUGAUGCGCUUCAUCGUGGACCAGACCCAGACCCCCAACCUGAAGGUGAAGGUGGCCAUUCUGAGGUACAUCGAGUCACUCGCCCGCCAGAUGGAGCCCACGGACUUCGUCAACUCCAGCGAGACGCGCCUGGCCGUGUCGCGCGUCAUCACCUGGACGACGGAGCCCAAGAGCUCCGACGUCAGGAAGGCCCUGCAUAGCUGGGCAGGGGAGGAGUUUUCAGGCAGGCCCAGCACCAUAGCCUCUCUGCCCGGGGAGGGCAACCUGGAGGAGAGGUGUAAGCAGGCAGCCCAGGUGGUGCUGAUCUCCCUGUUUGAGCUGAACACCCCAGAGUUCACCAUGCUGCUGGGGGCGCUGCCCAAGACCUUCCAGGACGGAGCCACCAAGCUGCUCCACAGUCACCUGAGGAACUCCAGCGCCACGGGGUCUCCAUGCUCCAUGGUGGGGCGCACCCCUCCCCGGCACCCCAGUAGCCGCAGCAGCCCCCUCACCUCGCCCACCAACUGCUCCCAUGGAGGGCUGUCCCCCAGCAUGCUGGAGUACGACACGGAGAACCUCAACUCGGAGGAGAUCUACAGCUCGCUGCGCGGCGUCACCGAGGCCAUCCAGAGCUUCAGCUUCCGCAGCCAGGAGGACCUCAUCGAGCCCAUGAGGCGCCACGGCAAGAGAGAGGACGUGACGGGGUCGGGGGCGGAGGCCGAGCCCCGGGUGGGCGUGGACGUGGUGGAGGGCGGCCGCAUGGCGCUGGACAACAAGACGUCCCUGCUGAACACGCCCUCCCCCAGGUCCUUCUGCGGCCCGCGCGGCCGCGACUACAACCCCUACAACUACAGCGACAGCAUCAGCGCCUACGACAAGGCCAGCCUGAGGGAGACGGUGUACGAGGACGACGUGGACACGCUGCGGGACGGGCGUCACCAGGACUGUGGUGAAAACAAGAUUAUGCACCCCAAGAGCUUCCCUCCUGCUGGGUCUGCGGAGCAGCUGGAGCUGGUGGGGGAGCUGCUGAAGGAGCUGUCGGUGGCCAGCGAGCUUCCAGAGGAGCGUCGGGGGGCGCUGGUGGAGCUGCUGAAGGUGGCCAGGGACGACAGCCCCGCUGUGUGGGAGGAGCACUUCAAGACCAUGCUGCUGCUGCUGCUGGAGACGCUGGGGGACAAGGACCACACUAUCCGGGCGCUGGCCCUGCGCGUCCUGAAGGAGAUCCUGAGGAACCAGCCGGCCCGAUUCAAGAACUACGCCGAGCUCACCAUCAUGAAGACCCUGGAGGCCCACAAGGACUCCCACAAGGAGGUGGUGCGCGCGGCGGAGGAGGCCGCCUCCACCCUGGCCGGCUCCAUCCACCCAGAGCAGUGCAUCAAGGUGCUGUGCCCCAUCGUCCAGACGGCCGACUACCCCAUCAACCUGGCCGCCAUCAAGAUGCAGACCAAGGUGAUCGAGCGCAUCGCCAAGGAGUCCCUGCCCACCCUGCUGCCCGACGUCAUCCCCGGGCUGCUGCAGGGCUAUGACAACACAGAGAGCAGCGUGCGCAAGGCCAGUGUCUUCUGCCUGGUGGCCAUCUACUCUGUGAUUGGUGAGGAGCUGAAGCCCUUCCUGGCCCAGCUGACGGGGAGCAAGAUGAAGCUGCUCAACCUGUACAUCAAGAGAGCCCAGACCUCCACCAGCAACAGCAGCAGCUCCUCUGACAUCUCCUCCCACAGCUAACCCACUCGCCCCCCCCACCCCCACCAGGGGUCUGGACCCACCCGUCCACACACACUGCUUGGACGGAGACACACACAUACAUGCGCAUCUAAAUACACACACGCGCUCUGUUUUGAUGGAAAGACGAUGGGGUGUGUGCCUCUCUCUCUCGCUCUCUCUCUCUCGCUCUCUCUCUGUCUCUCUCUCUCUCUGUCUCUCUCUCUCUCUCUGUCUCUCUCUCUGUCUCUCUCUCUAUCUCUCCACACCUCCUCAGAUAGACUCCCGACUCAUGAAGGCCGCAUUCCUCUUCGGGGAAACCCUCGCCUCUCGCAAUCAGUAUUGAUUUUAUGAUUAUUAUAUUUUUUCUUGUUUAGUGUAUGUUUAUGUAUUUUAUAGGCGCCUAUAUAUAUAAAUAUAUAUAUACAUAUAUUUAUAUAUAUACACACACACGUGUACACUUUUUAAUUCCACGUUUUAGAUUUGAAAUUUGACACUUUACACCUUAUAUAGUAUAAUGAAUGUAAAAAAGAGCUUUGGAUGACGGUAAAGUUUUCCCAGGAGAUUGGGAUGUCAAACGGAGUGUUGCUCUGUACACUACUGCCUCAUUGUAUCCUGUGGAAUGGAUAGAGGGUUUUGAACCAAGUUGUGGGCAUUGGGAAUUGUAAUGCAUUUUUCACAGUAAUAUAGUAUUGCGCCGCCUUACGCAGUUGUACAUGGAGAUGUUUCGAUACGUUUGUUAAGUGGUCUUUGUGAAGAGGUGGAAAUGCUCUGUAAACAAUCUUUUAAACAUCCCUUUGCAUUGGUGGCAAAUUAUCAUUUGGCUGGCCAGUGAUUACUUUAACAAGAGUUAAACACUUAUAAGACUGUAUAGAUUAUAGACAGAAAUUCCCUUAAACUUAAUGGUUUGGGCCCAAUAAUGAAUGAAGCCCAUCGUAUGGUUUCUUCAAUGGAUCACAGUGCCACCUCUAGUUAGUAGAGGAAGGGUUGGUGGGAGAGUUCUGCUUGGACAUCCACAAGCUGGAACAAGUGAGUCAAGACUACUGAGGUGUUUAGUACUCUUGUAAUCAUUUCCUAAAUUGAAUGUAAAUCGCUCAUUAGAGUUUUUGAACUUUCAAAAUGUGAAGUAGUUUGUUGGAAUGCAAAGUUCUUUUUUGCAAGAAAACUAACAGGCAAUACUUAUUUGUCUAUUGGGCAAUACCUAUUAUCAGAAUUUGACAAUAACGGGACAGCAUUGUCAACAUUUGGAGUGCCAGAAAAUGGAAAAGGCAAAAUUGAAGACAGGUAGUUGAGUCUUUUGAGCCUUCGAAGAGCAAUAAGUACUCACAAAAAUCCAACUUGGAUUGACUGGUCAUGUCAAAGCACUGUAAAUUCCAUCCUCAUUGGAGAUGCUCUCAGCUGAUCGAUGUAUCGACAUUUAAAGUGCACCUAUAAAAUGUUACUGCUGCUUAAAGAAAUAAUAUUCACAGCGCUAAACAUUGGCAAUGUCAGUACUGUAUCCAUUCUGAAUGUUCCAGGUACAGUUUUGUGAAUGGGGAAGAGCAGCGUGUUACUGAAGACUAUCAAGCCUUACUCCGUCUCUGAAAACAAUUGACUGUUACAUGUCCUGUUACAGUUAACAUUGUCUUGAUUUUUGUCCUCAAAUGUGAGAACCCAAUCUGAUGAGCGACGGACAGAAUGUCGCGUACACUGGGGUCUUACGACAUUGCCCAACAGUAUUCCUUUGUUAGACCUUUGCGUGUCGCAAAAAAACGAAAAUCCGAAAGUAUUUUGUACAGCAUGUAACUUUGAAUCAUCGCCUCACAACUUUAUGAACUGGUCAGCAAUCCUUGUUCUUUGCAUGGACGGGAACGUGCAAGUCACUACAAGAUCAGUUCUUACAUUCCCCGUGCUGACCCUAGGUAGAAGAUGUUGCUGCCUGUGUGAAUCUAGUCUGCUCGUACAAUGUAUAUCCAACACACAGGAGAUGAACGUCAACGCAAGCAAGCUAACUCCCCCACCAGACCAAAGUUGUAUGCGGUAGCCUCUUUCUGCAGUGUCAGUCACAUUGGCUAAGGUUGAAAACCACGUUAUCCUCAAGUCAUGUGUCUUAUCUGUGUGUAUCUGUGUGUGCCUUUUUUUAUUUCUACAACACACCGGCCUACUAUAAUAGAUACUAACAGUUUGUGCUAUUUGAAUUGGAAGUCUUUUUUUCCUUAUUUCGACAUACUACAUUUCACAGAAAAAAAAGUGCUAGGUUGAAGACUAAUGCUUGUGUAAAUAAGCUAUAACCGAUGAUGUAAUGGCAAUAUUUUCCAUUGGUGUGUUGGCUCUUAUAUACUGUACUGUACCUUGUAAACCACUUACAAUGCAUGCCUUUGUUUAGCCUCACUUUUCACCCCAUACUAUAUUUAUAUUAUGUUGUGUUUUCUGUGUAUUAAGACAACUGUACAUAUGUUCAUGUUUUGCUCACUUUCUCCUGUGAUAGAAUUUGCAAAAACUUGAAAUAAAACUUGAAAUAAAACCUA